AUGGAGCUUUUGAAAGUCUUCUUUGAAUCUGCAAUCGAACUAAUAUUUGCGGCUUUCUUCACCACGGCCAGCGCCACGACGUCUAUGAUCUUACUCUUAUUGCAACACCCAUUGGUCAUCAAAAAGAUCCAGCAGGAACUGGCCUCCGAUGGCCUUACUGGGCAGUGCCAGUGCUUUGCAGUUGAGGAUUUCCUAACAAAAUCCCACCCUUCCCAAAAAACUUUGCCUGCGCAUGGAAAGGAAAGCAAAGAUGGUGACUCCAGUCUGCCUCUUCCAUCCAGAUUGGGAAGAGGACAAGGACGAGAGGCCAAGAUGGAAGAGGAAGGACCUGACGUGAACAUCAUGGCUAAAGUGUCCCAGGAUAUUGUCUGUGGAACUGCGAAUGGUCCUAGCUCAUUGUCCAGGCUGGAAGAAACAGGCCAGUUCUUUAGCAGUCUGGAGAGAUCUGAGUAUUGCUGCCACCCUUACGUGACCCUGGAGAAGCUGAAUCGUCUGCGCUACUUGGAUUGUGUCAUUAAGGAAGUUCUCCGCCUGCUGCCCCCCGUAUCUGGAGGGUAUCGGACAGCCUUACGAACCUUUGAGCUCGAUGGCUACCAGAUUCCGAAGGGUUGGAGUGUGAUGUACAGCAUUCGGGAUACACACGAGACCGCCAACAUCUACCAGAGUCCCCCCGAUACUUUUGAUCCAGAGAGGUUUUGGAUAUCGCCGGAAGAAGACCAGGAGGCGCACAAAUCCGCCGCCUCUCUCCGGUUUCACUACAUUCCCUUUGGUGGCGGAGUCCGGAAUUGCAUAGGCAAAGAACUAGCCAAGGCGAUUCUCAAGAUGCUUGCCAUCGAAUUGGUCAGCACAGCCAGCUGGGAAUUAGCCACGGCUCACUUCCCUGAAAUGCAGACCGUGCCAAUUGUGCACCCUGUCGAUGAUCUUCAACUCUAUUUCCAUUCUCUGAAGGCUGGCCAUGAAAGCAGCAGCGGGGCAGGCAAGGCCAACGCCUGAAUGCGUGGACCUCUCCAUCACACCUCUAGCUUAGGAGUAGACUAGGACGAAGGAGUAGACUAUUCUGGGGCAAAAACACCACCUUCCUUUCAGCGCGAGCCUCUUCCACCACCUGCCUCUUGGUUAUGGAGUAAGAGAAAAGGAUGGAUUCACCGCAUCCUCCCUGAAUUUGUU